GUACAGCCAACUCUAUCACUACGGUUUUAUAAAGCUAACUUCAGUCAGUUCAUAUUGAGCUGUGGCUGUGUGAUUUGCUCUCUUAGCUGCUAUAGAGACUUUCUGGAAGCUUCUCAUUAGCUUUUGAAUAGAGACAUGGCACAAACUGGACUUCUAAUUUUUCUCAUUACCAUACUACUGCUGGAUCAGACUACUAGCCAGGCUUCCAAGUUCAGAGCCAGAAAGCACAGUAAACGUAGAGUGAAAGAAAAGGAUGGUGAGCUAAAGACUCAGAUUGACAAGCUGUGGCAAGAAGUAAACUCCCUGAAAGAAAUGCAGGCACUUCAGACAGUCUGUCUUCGUGGAACAAAGAUCUAUAAGAAGUGCUACCUGGCAUCAGAAGGUGCCAAGCACUUCCAUGAAGCUAAUGAAGACUGCAUUGCCAAGGGAGGGACACUGGCUAUCCCCAGAGAUAAUGAAGAAACUAACUCUCUUCGAGACUACAGCAAGAAAAGCCUGCCAGGGGUUGCCGAUUUUUGGUUAGGUAUCACUGACAUGGUAAACGAAGGGAAAUUUGUUGAUGUCAAUGGGAUGGCUCUAAACUAUUUCAAUUGGGAUCGCUCGCAACCAAAUGGGGGAAAGCGUGAAAACUGUGUCUUGUUUUCCCAGUCAUCUCAAGGCAAGUGGAGGGAUGAAGUCUGCUGUACUGUCAAAAGAUAUAUUUGUGAAUUCCUGAUCCCAUAAUUCCAUUCCCAUUAGCUGCAUCAGUGUAUUUGGUUAUUAAGAUGCAGUUUUUGCAUGGGAGUAAUUCCUCUCUCAUACAGCAGUCAGUUGUACACACAUCCCACAAUACACAAACUUCACACUAAGCAAGAAUUUUCUUUAUUAAUUUAUUUUUCCAUUCAUUGGUUAAAAAGGUUGUAUUUAGUGAGGUCUUUCACCAUGCAACUGUCACAUAUGCUGUAUGUGAAUGUGCAUAAAGUUUGGUUUUGAGAUGUAGUGCAUAAUAUUUUGCCAUACUCUCACAGUAUGAUGUUCAUCUUAUCAACAUCGUAAAGUCAAACCCCAUCACUCAGACUCAUACAGUAAAUAUCUCUAUAGAUUAGUCUUUGCUUAAACUCCAUGCAGCACUCUGGUCAAUAUAUAUGGAAGUUCCAUACAUAGAAUGUUCACAAGCGCGUGAAGAUUGCUAGCAAGAGGCUAUGGAAGCUUAAAUAGGACUUUAGUGCAGUGGAACUCAACAACGUGGCUCUGAAAUGAGAUGUUGAUCUAAAGGAAGAACAAAUGAAUAAAAGCUAAUGUUAUUCUGAAA